UGCAGUAAAGGCCUUGAAUCUCUCUCCUUCUCUCUUCUCCAUGUCUGCAAGCUCUGCCUCUGCCUCACUCUGAUGGAGAUGCAUCUAUGCAACUCCAUCUCUUGUAGUUGCCACCAUCAAUUCACCAUUUAUUAAUGCAACCAUCCAAACUUUCCUUCCUUUUCUCUUCCAUCAUCACUCCCAUUCCCAUUCCCAAGACCAAGAUCCUUUCUUUCUUUAUAUAUGCAUUUGGAUUUUGCAAGGAAGGGGUUGAAGAGAGAUGCCAACAGUGUGGUUCAGUUUGAAGAAGUCACUGCAUUGCAGGUCAGAGCCAUGUGAUGUUUAUGAUCCAAAGUUGAAGAGGAGUGGGAGGUCAGGGUGCUCAAGAUCCAUUGCAAACCUCAAGGAUGUCAUUCAUGGCAGCAAGAGACAUCUUGAGAGGCCAGCUAGUUAUAGUCCUAGGUCAAUUGGGAGUAGUGAGUUUCUAAAUCCCAUUGCUCAUGAAGUUAUUCUUAGUGAUUCAAAGUGUGAGCUUAAAAUCACUGGAUUUGGGGCUUGUCAUGAGAGUAUUGGAACUCUUAGGCCUGGAACACCUGGUCCUUGGGGGCAAUUGCCCUCUGAUAGGGUUGUUAGAUGUGCUACUGUUCCUAAAAGGUCUGCUGUCCCUUUUGGGGAUAGAGAUGGAGCUCACUCUGUCUCUUUGGCAACACCAAAAGCUGCCACCUUUGCUGAGAUUUCUGCUGUUUCUUGUGUUCCUGUGAGUUGUCCUAAGUGUGGGGAGAGCUUUGCCAAGUUGGAGGCUUUGGAAUCUCAUCAUUUGUCUAAGCAUGCAGUUACUGAAUUAGUAGAAGGAGACUCAUCGAGAAAAAUUGUGGAAAUAAUCUGCAGAGCAAGCUGGUUGAAGACCGAAAGCAAUUGCGGACGGAUAGAAAGAGUGUUAAAGGUUCAUAACACACAGAAAACACUGGCUCGGUUCGAAGAAUACCGAGAAACAGUGAAGAUCAAAGCUGCUAAACUCCCCAAAAAACAUCCCCGGUGUCUUGCUGACGGCAAUGAACUACUAAGAUUUCAUGGUACGACGAUCUCCUGCUCUCUCGGCAUGAAUGGCUCAUCAAGCCUAUGCACAUUAGAUAAAUGCAGCAUUUGCCAAAUAAUCAGAAAUGGAUUCAGUAUGCAAGAGGAGACUAAAGAACAUAUAGGAGUAUUCACAACCGCGACAAGUGGAAGAGCAUUCGAUUCAAUUGAUUUACCUGAAGAUGAUCCUUUCACAAGGAAAGCAUUGCUUGUUUGCAGAGUGAUUGCUGGAAGAGUUCAUAGACCUCUUGAUAAUUACCAAGAAUUAGCUGGUCAGUCUGGUUUUGAUUCACUUGCUGGAAAAGUGGGUCUCUAUGCAAACAUUGAAGAAUUGUAUUUGCUGAAUCCAAGAGCUCUUUUACCAUGUUUUGUUGUCAUUUGUAAACUCUAAUUUCGAAAAAAACAUCGAUUCACUUUAUAUCAAGUGGUGGCUGUAAUUUUUCUUCUUCAGAUUCAGAAAUAAUUUAACAU